AUGUCGUCGACGCAUGAACAAAAACCUUCGAUUAACAAUGUUUUGGAUUUGUUGGCUCAACAGUUUAUCGUGAUUUCUGGUGGUAAAACUAGAGAGGGUUAUUCUAUUAUAUCAUUUCCUGAUAGUGGAAAUUUUGUUGAUUUACCUGACGAAGGCUAUGAAAAAUUAAUAUCUUAUAUUACUUCAGUUCCGUCAUUGCAGGAAGCUGAUUUAGGUUUUGUCAUUGUUAUUGAUAGACGUAAUGACAAGUGGAGUUCAGUUCGAUGUGUUCUUUUACGUUUAGCAGAAUUCUUCCCUGGGCUUAUACACAUAGUUUACGUCAUCCGGCCAAAUGGUUUUUUACAGAAAGCUAUAUCAGAAGUGAGCAAUAAGUUCUUUAAAGAGGAAUUUAAAUUUAAAGUUGUUAUAUGCAGUGUCAUUGAAGAGUUACAUGAUUAUGUAGAUAACACUGAACUUACUAUUGAGCUUAGUGGCACUUUGCCGUAUUUUCAUCAGCACUGGAUACAACAAAGAAUGGCGUUAGAAAAUUUUUCAAAUGAAACCAACGAGGUUUCUUCAAUGCUAAAUGAAUUCACUGAACGUCUAGCAAAUGAUACAGUUGAUUUACCAGACACUAAAGAACAAUCUGCUGAUCUAUUAUGUCGUCAUGCGGUUGAAUAUGGGAGAUUGAAAAAAUGUUUUGCAGAAGCUGUUAAAAAAGGGGAAACUUUGUUGAGUGAUUUCAAACAAGAUACUGACACUUACCAUGGUACAAUACCAUCAACAGUUACUAAUGUCGCUGCAUUGGAAAGAUUAUUGGUACAAAUGGAAGAAACAGAAAAAGUGUUUGAUGAUUUUUGGGAACAGUUUUCUGGAAGACUAAAACAAUGCCAUUCAUUGCGUGCAUUUGAAGAAAAUUUUAAUAUUGUUCAAAGUUCAUUAAAUGAAAACUUGAAAAUUCUAUCUGAAAUGACUGACGUUGGUGAUUCCGUUGAACGAGUUGAAGUAUUACUUGAAGAGUUGGCCACAUUUCAGAAGUCAAGUCAUGAAAAAAUAAAGCUGAGUGAAGAUUUACUAAAUUGUGGUGGACAAUUAUUAGCUUCCAAACGGUUUAUUGUAUUGGAAAGUAUUCAACCAAAAUGUGAUGAAGUUCAACGACUUCUUCAAACAUUAAAUGAUCGUUUGGAAAGACGGUUGCAGACUCUUAAUAAAAGCUGUGAAUUACAGGCUAGAAUUCAAAAGGCUAGCGAAUGGUGUGCUAAAGGUGUUAUGAUUUUGGGUUCAGAACCAGCUGACAAAUGUGUCAGUGCUGAACAAUCACUUGCAGAACUGGAAGAGUUCAUGAGUAGUGCUCAUCACUUGAAAGUAGAGAGUCCCAGAGAAUUCUACUCCUUAUUUGAAGAUACCAUAACACCUGAAACUAAACCAAUAGUUACACAAGUCCUUCAAAGACUUGAUGAUGUUACCACCAUGUGUGACAAACGUUUGGCAAGUCUUAAGCGAUACAUUAAUAAACCACGGCCUAUUCUAUCUGUUAAUCCUGAACCAGCCAUUCCUAUUAAUUUAGCUAAUAUGACCAAGAUUUCAAAUGGUGUAGAUGAAUGCGAUAGAGGUAUACCAAAUGAAGAAAAUAAUGCUACUAAAACAAAACAUGUCCUUACUGAACUUUUGUAUACAGAACGUCAAUAUACUGCCGAGUUAGGCUCUAUACUCAGAGGAUACAAAGAUCAGAUGGAAUUUUCAGACAUGAAAAACUUAAUACCUGUAAUCUUAAAGGGUAAAAGUGAAGUACUUUUUGGAAACCUUGAGAGUAUUCAUAGCUUUCAUAAUCAAUUUUUUUUACCGGCUCUUGAGAGUUGUUCAUCAAGCAUUGAAUCUGUUGCUGUCUGCUUUACAGAUAAUAGGGAAAAACUACUUCAACUUUAUACUUACUAUUGUGUCAAUCUGACAAGGUCUGAAGAACUAAGAGAAACAGUUGGUGAAGAUAAUCCUUUUUUCAAAGCAUGUCAAGAAAAGCUUGGACACCGUUUGCCUCUUGGUGCAUAUUUGCUUUUGCCUAUGCAAAGGAUUACCAAAUAUCAACUUUUAUUAAAGGAAUUAUUGCAUAACGAAAAAAAUCAAAAUUGUAUUACAAAGUUACAAAAAGCUCUGGAUUGUAUGUUACUUGUUCUUAACAAUGUAAAUGACAACAUGCAUCAAAUUGGCAUAACUGGGUUUUAUGGUGAUUGGAAUGAUUUGGGCGGUUUACUUUUGCAAGGAUCAUUCUCUAUGUGGGUUGAAAACAAGAAAGAUUUAUUGAAAGAAUUAAGACUUAAGCCAAUGAGGCGUCAAAUUUUUCUAUACCAGCAGGGAUUACUUUUAUGUAAAAAGGUAUCUAAAGAUAAUAAACCAAUGUAUCAUUACAAGAAAUAUUUACGGAUGUCACAGAUAGGAUUAACAGAAACUGUCAAAGGAGAUAUAUGUAAAUUUGAAGUAUGGUUAGAAGGGCGUCAGGAAGUUUACACAAUUCAAGCGUCAAAUUUGCAGCAAAAGCAACAAUGGGUGUCUGAAAUUAAACGUGUAUUACUUGAACAAUUAGCUGAAUUAAAAGGAGAGAAAAUCAAGCAGUAUAUAAGUACUUUUGGAAAACAUGUAAACUUACGUCAAACACAUUCCUUGGAUAACCAAAGUGAAACAGGAUCUAAUCGUGGUCGGCGUCCACUAAGUCAUCAUGAAACAACUGAUGAUGACUCUUCUGAUUAUAGUUUGACUGAUGACGAAUCCCUCGAUGGGACAAUCAAACAAAAAAUAGCUGAUAGUUAUAUAUCAUUAGCUGAUUAUAAUGCACUUCGGCCAACAGAUGCUACAUUAAAGAGAGGUGAUAAAGUAGAUCUGUUAAAAGCUGGUUCGAGUAGUUGGUGGUAUGUCAAAGUUCAUGGUUCUAAAACUGAAGGCUGGGUCCCAUCCGCACAUUUAGAGAUCAGUGGUCGUAAAUCAUCUCACAGUUCUCAAUCUGUUUGCAGUCAUGGAUCUACGUCCACAGAAUGA